ACAGCCCCUCCCUCCCGCGCCCCUUCGGUCUCCUCACCGGAAAUAGGCCCCUGCUCGCCCACCGCCCGAGAUCCGCGAGCAACGAGCCCACGAGCUCCGCCAUCCCAUUAGGAGGAAAGCUGCUGUUCAGUCCAUGAAGACGUGUGCCGCAAGAGUAGGAGACACUCCCAAAGAGUCUCAGUGCCCAUUUGGACGUCCACAAUCAGAGAUGGCAGCAGAGGUGGCAUCCCGGAAAGCUACUGAGCCUUGGUCUUUUCAUCCAGUAUAUGCAAGAUACUGGCGACAUUAUCAUCAGGCGAUGGCCUGGAUGCGAAGCCACCAUAGUGCCUACAGGAAGGCCGUGGAAUCGUAUUUCAGUUGCCCGUGGUCCUUCCCUCCUGCAGCUCUUGCCCAGAGCUCUUACACUAACAAGGCCAAAUCUCCUCGGCCCUCUCGUGACCAUGUCCCGGCUUCCACGGACUCGCACUGCGGUUCUGCACAUUCCAGAAGGUCUGGGCAGCAUCCACCAGCCCGCCCGAGAGAACGCCGAGCUGGCCCCGCCACAGAGGAGGCGGAGUCCGAGUCAGACGGGGGCGUGGAGUGCGACCUGAGCAACAUGGAGAUCACGGAGGAGCUGCGCCAGUACUUCGCCGAGACCGAGAGGCACAGGGAAGAGCGCCGGCGGCAGCAGCAGCUGGACGCCCAGCGCUUGGACGACUACGUGAACGCCGACCACGACCUGUACUACAGCACCCGCCGCUCAGUGGAGCCCCCGUCCGAGAGGCCUGGCGAGCGGCGCAAGGCCGAGAUGAAGCGCUUGUAUGGGGACAGUGCCGCGAAGAUCCAGGCCAUGGAGGCCGCCGUGCAGCUGAGCUUCGACAAGCACUGUGACAGGAAGCGGCCCAAGUACUGGCCGGUCAUUCCGCUCAAAUUCUGAGCCCGCGGCGCAGGGUACCCAGCCAUCCCCCCCUUCCUCUUGGAUUCACUCAAUCUCUCCUUCUGCGCAUUUUCUCAGGGAAAUUUCUCUUAUACGGAGAAAUAAGCAUGUCACCAAAGUCCCAGGGGGCCCAUCUCAGGGCUGGAUGUAAUACGUUGGCCACUUGAAGUCAGCAAGACGUGUACUGUUGCCAACAUGAAAGAUUUUCUUUUGACCUAAAAUGAUAAUUUCAUAUAUAUUAUGCUUGGUUUUGAUGUCACUAAUAAUGUUCAGUUCAUUAAAGUCCUCACUUA